GCUUGUGCAUGUAUAAAUAACCAGAUAUUGUAACACAAGACUACAGACACAAAGAUGAUCUCCAUCAAACUGAUUUGCCUCGUCCUUGCGGCAUUUUUUGCAACUUGCAAUGCAGCACAAGAACCAUUUGUGAAUUGCAUGUUAAUUUAUUCUAGAAGAUUUAUAAACAUUUCAGAUUAUCUCCAUGCACCCGGCACACCUUCCUAUUCAGCACUCUUGCAGUCCUCUCAACAGAAUCCGAGAUGGGUUAAUUCCACAAGCCCAAAACCUCAGUACAUCAUCACUCCUUCUGGUGAUAUAGAAAUCCAAUCAUCAAUAUUUUGUUGCAGACAAAAUGGCCUGGAAGCGAGGAUACUAAGUGGGGGUCAUGACUAUGAAGGCCAAUCAUACCGCAGUGAGGCCCCUUUCAUCAUUAUUAAUCUCAUAUAUCUCCGAGAAGUGAGAGUAGAUAUAGAGGAUGAAACAGCCUGGGUACAAUCCGGGGCAACACUAGGAGAAUUAUACUAUAACAUCGCCAUGAAAAGUAAAGUUCAUGGGUUUCCAGCAGGGGUGUGUCCUAGUGUAGGCGUUGGCGGCCAUUUUAGUGGUGGAGGAUUCGGCAACAUGGUGAGAAAACAUGGACUCGCAGCUGACAAUGUGAUAGAUGCAUACCUCGUUGAUGCUUAUUCACGAAUCCUUGAUAGACAAACCAUGGGAGAAGAUUUAUUUUGGGCAAUAAGGGGAGGGGGUGGAGCCAGCUUUGGAGUCAUCGUGGCGUGGAAAAUCAAGUUGGUUCGAGUUCCAGAAGUGGUGACAUUCUUCAAUAUUGAUAAGAAGUUGGAGCAAGGAGCCACUGAGCUUGUUCACAAGUGGCAAUCUGUUGCAGAAAAGCUACCCGAAGAUCUCUUCAUCAGAGUCAUCAUUCAAAAUGUUGGACAGGCUAACAAUAAAACAGUUCAAGCUUCAUUUCAGUCACUAUUUCUUGGGGAAGUCUGUGAGCUGAUACCACUGAUGGGCGAAUGGUUCCCGGAAUUAGGUCUAAGAGCAGAGAAUUGCACAGAAAUGACAUGGAUGGAAUCUGCACUAUCAUUUGCAGGUUAUCUUAAAGAUGAUUCGUGGGAUGUUUUCCUGACUAGAACAGAUCAUUACCAGAGCAAUUUUAAGGCAAAAUCAGAUUUUGUGACUAAACCAAUACCUGAAAGCGGGCUGGAAGGAAUCUGGAAAAGAAUGCUGCAAGAAGAAUUAAUUUUCAUAAUACUGGAACCAUUAGGAGGAAGAAUGAGAGAGAUUUCCAAGUCCGAGACUCCAUUUCCACACCGAAAAGGCAAUCUGUACAACACACAGUAUCUGGUGAAAUGGGAUGUGAAUAAUGCCAAGACAGUGAAGAAGCACACGGACUGGAUGAGUAGGUUCUACAAGUACAUGAAGCCAUACGUCUCACACUCUCCGAGGAGAGCUUACCAGAAUUAUAGAGAUUUCGACAUAGGGAUGAAUAAGAAGCACAACACAAGCUAUAAAGAAGCAGCACACUGGGGAAAGAAGUACUUCAAGGGUAACUUCAAGAGGCUAGCACAAGUAAAGACCAAAGCAGAUCCCUUGAACUUCUUUAGGCACGAGCAAAGCAUUCCUCUUAUCAAAAAAUCUAAAUAUCAAUACUAAUAACAAGUACGGAAACCUUUCUGCCUACUGAGAAUGGAAAGAUUUUUGUAUUUGUUAUUUGUACAAGAAAAGUAAAACAAACAAAUCUUGCUAUGAUAACUCAGGAUGUGUUUUGCUGCA